UAUAUAUAUAACUAAAUACUAUUUAAGUAAUACCUCUUCAUUAAAGACUAUCCCAUCAUUCGGUAUCAUACCUUCUCAAAAAUACAAAAAUAAUUUGUGAAAAUACCAACAAAAAAAAACAAAUUAUGUAUUGUUAUGUGAAUGGACAAUAUUCAUUUAAUUGGAAUGUUAAAUCCAUGAAUUCCAUGAGUAUACUACUUAUAUUACUACUUAAAUUUAUAUUAUUUCAAUCUAAUUCAAUAUUUAUUAAUGCAGAUGAAUUAAAUCUUAAUAAUAAUAAUAAUAAUAAUCUAUCAAAUAUACAAAAUGAUCAACAACGUGCACAAGCAUUAGCUAAACUUAUGUCAUUAUUUUAUACUAGUGAUGCAUUUAAUAAAUAUAUGGAAAAUCUUGAUGCAUAUUAUAUGCUUAGAGGUAGACCAAGAUUUGGUAAACGUAACUACAAUCCUAUAAAAAAGAAUAAUGAUUUAAUGAAAAAUGAUUUAAUUAAUAAUUAUCUUCGUCAAAGAUUAUUGCAAAAAUAUUUAAUAGAGAAUUAUAAUAAUGAUGGUGAUGAAAAUUUCCUUAGAAAUUAAUAAUCAUAAUAACACCAGCACCACCACCACAACAACAACGAAAAAAGUGAAAAAAAAAAAAGAAAAACAGGAAAAAUAAUAGUAACCAACAAAAGUGAGCAAUAAUACAAAAUAGAAACACAUACAUACAUACAUACAUACAUAUUAUAUACAGAUAAAUAUAUCUAUAUUAAUAGUGAUUAGUAAUAUUGAGUAUAUUAAUGUAUGUGCGUGAUUGUGAACGUGUGCGUACGUGCGUGUAUGUAUUAUGAUUGUAUUUAUGUCAAAAUGCAAAAUAUUGAUUAAAUAAAAUAAAUUUUUAGAGUAAAAUGUUAAUUUUCUAAUAUUAAACGAGAGUAAAACUGGAUUCCACUGUUAGC